CGAAGGGCACCUAACGGCACGGCCCUGUUUUUGCUCUGCUUCGGAGGAAAGAGCUUCGAAAGAGAAGCCCGAAAAGGAAGGGAAAGAAAGAGAGAGCCCCGGGAUCAUUUCUGCCUGCGCUUCUUCAGUAACUAGUAUUAUGGCCAGGAACGGGGUGGUCUCGUGGCGGAGGAGGUCGUCGGACCAGCUCGACGGCAGCGACCCGUCGCCCUGCGGCUCCGAGGAGGUCCACGUCCUCGCCGUCGACGACAGUCUCGUCGAUCGGAAGGUCAUCGAGCGCUUGCUUAAAAUCUCUUCCUGCAAAGUUACAGCAGUGGAUAGUGGAAUCAGAGCCCUGCAAUUUCUUGGCCUGGAUGAGGAGAAAACGGCUGGAGAUUUUAACGGGUUGAAGGUGGAUCUGAUAAUAACAGACUAUUGUAUGCCUGGGAUGACUGGCUACGAGCUCCUCAAGAAAAUCAAGGAAUCCUCUGCUCUGAGGGAAAUUCCGGUGGUGAUCAUGUCGUCCGAGAACGUCGUGGCACGAAUCGACAGGUGUCUGGAGGAAGGUGCGGAGGAUUUCAUCGUGAAGCCGGUGAAACUGUCGGACGUGAAGCGGCUGAGGGAUUUCAUGACGAGAGACGUCGGGGACAGAGCGAGGAGCGACGGGGGAGGCACGACCCACAAGAGGAAGCUGCACGAGAGCUCCGACGCGUCCUCGUCCUCGCCGUCCGUCUCGUCCGCGUCGUCACUGUCGUCCUCACAGCCUACCACGCCGUCUCGGUCGCCAUCGCCGUCGGUUUCUUCGUCCGAUCCGUCGUCCCCGUCGCCGCCGUCCACGAGGUCGUCGGGCCCGUGUUCGCCGUCGUCGCUGGAAUCUCCGACGAGACGGCUCAAAAUGACUAGCGGCUGUGACUAGCAUCGUCCCAAAUUACAUAUAUAUUUUUUCCUUUAUCUUAGAAUUUUUUUGGGGUUUGGGCUGUAAUUUUGGCAGCUCAAGUUUUACAGUUAUAUUGUCUGUUGCAUCUUCCUCUGUCCCCUCGAUCUCUUUCUUUUUCGGGGUUUCCCACUGCCCAUAUUUCUAUAAUUCUUUCGCUUCUUAAUAUGACAACUUUAGAAAUAGAAAUGAAAUGUGGAUGGAUCGAUCGAUAUCGGUCACUUUUUUCC